GCCACCUGCAGCUCCCGGGAACCCUCACGCCUAGGGUUCCCGCUGCGCGGCCGGACCCUGCCACCGGUUGCACCAGUCCCCUCGUGAGAGUCGCCGCGGGCCCGGGGGCGUCAUGGCGUUCAACUUCGGGGCUCAUACGGGCGGCACGGCCACGGCCGCUACCCCCGCCGCCCCCGCGGGAUUUGGUGGGCUGGAGGCCGCCAACUCCACCAACAGUGGGUUUAAUUUUGGGGGUUUCGGCUUAGCUGCUAAUCCUGCAGUGAACUUUAAUAUUGGGAAUUUCGGCGUCUCCACCAGCGCCGCGGCCCCCUUCAGUUUUGGUAACCCUCUGGCCAGCGCAGGUACGUUUGGAGGGUUUGGGACGACCACCACCACAGCAAGCUCUGCAUUCAGCUUUUCUGCUCCCACUAACACAGGCACCAGUGGACUCUUUGGUGCUACUCAGAACAAAGGUUUUGGAUUUGGUUCUACUGGUUUUGGCACAACUGCAGGAACCAGUACUGGUUUGGGAACUGGGCUAGGAUUUGGGACGUUCAAUACCCAGCAGACUCAAAAUACUUUAGGUGGUCUCUUCAGUCAGCCCACCCAAGCCCCUGUCCAGUCUAACCAACUGAUCAAUACAGCAAGUGCUCUUUCUGCCCCAACGCUACUGGGAGAUGAGAGAGAUGCUAUUUUGGCAAAAUGGAAUCAGCUCCAGGCCUUCUGGGGGACAGGCAAAGGGUACUUCAACAAUAACAUCCCACCUGUGGAGUUCACCCAGGAAAAUCCCUUCUGUAGAUUUAAGGCAGUGGGUUAUAGCUGCAUGCCCAACAAUAAGGAUGAAGACGGCCUGGUGGUUUUAAUUUUCAAUAGAAAGGAAGCAGACAUCCGAGGCCAGCAACAACAGCUAAUAGACUCAUUCCAUAAGAUCUUGGGAGGAAACCAGAGCCUUACUGUCAAUGUGGAAGGUGUGAAAACGUUGCCAGAUGACCAGACAGAAGUUGUCAUAUAUGUUGUUGAACGUUCUCCAAAUGGCACAUCAAGACGAGUUCCAGCUACAACACUCUAUGCCCACUUUGAACAAGCGAACAUAAAAACUUCAUUACAGCAGCUUGGAGUUACACUUUCUAUGACCAGAACAGAACUCUCCCCUGCACAGAUCAAGCAGCUUUUACAGAAUCCUCCUGCUGGUGUUGAUCCAAUUAUCUGGGAACAGGCCAAAGUAGAUAACCCUGAUUCUGAAAAGCUAAUUCCUGUGCCAAUGGUGGGUUUCAAAGAACUUCUCCGAAGACUGAAGGUCCAGGAUCAGAUGACAAAGCAGCAUCAGACCAGAUUAGAUAUUAUAUCUGAAGAUAUCAGUGAAUUACAGAAGAAUCAGACCACCACUCUGGCUAAAAUAGCACAAUACAAGAGGAAACUCAUGGAGCUUUCCCAUAGGACCUUGCAGGUCCUGAUUAAGCAGGAAAUUCAGAGGAAGAGCGGCUAUGCCAUCCAGGCUGAUGAGGAGCAGCUCCGAGUACAGCUUGAUACAAUUCAGUGUGAACUGAAUGCACCUACACAGUUCAAGGGCCGACUGAAUGAGUUGAUGUCCCAGAUCAGGAUGCAGAAUCACUUUGGAGCUGUGAAAUCUGAAGAACGGUAUUAUGUAGAUGCAGAUCUUCUGCGGGAAAUCAAGCAGCAUUUGAAACAACAGCAGGAAGGCCUCAGCCACUUGAUUAGCAUCAUCAAAGACGAUUUGGAGGACAUAAAACUGAUAGAACAUGGAUUGGACGAGAACAUCCACAUCAGAGGAGGCGUCUGCAGCUGACAGCGCACAGCCUCCUGUCUGUCAGGUUGGGGCAACUUUUGCUGUCUCAGAUCCCCCCUAAGACUGAAACUGACUGUAAAAAAGCCCUGCCCUCUCUUGGUUUCUGAAAAAGUUAUUGAAAAAUUAUUGUUUAUAAAUUUUGGAAUAGCGUAGCUAUCUCACAGCUUUUCAAAUGUGACCUUUGAAAGGUUUGUACCUAAAAAAAACUGUUUACUUUUACCAAUAAGAUAUGUACUAUUGUACAUUUUUACAACAGCGUCGUUGAAAAAUCAGUGUUUAAAGAUUAUUCUCCAUUGAGCCUUUACUAUGCUUUUUCACAGCCAAUAAAAAUAUGAAAACAAGCAAAGUUUGCAAUACAAAAUAACUGAAGGAUAACGAGGCUGUUGCAAAUCUGUACGUUGUAGAGUAAAUGUAUGUCAGUUUUUCUAUUUGCGUAUGCCAUCUUUGGGAAGAGUAAAGAAAAAUUCACAGAGUCCUUAGUCAUGGAUGUUUUCUUUUGGGGACUACAAGGGUUUGAAAGCUAUUUUUAUAUGGUUUUACUUAUUUGAAAAAUGAACCCAAGCCCUUAGGAAAUGACAAAAAAUGCUUGUCUGUUUGACAACAUUGUCCUUUAUUUUUUUUCCUUUUUAUUUCUGUAAAAGAUGGAAUCUUCUUAUAAAUAAAUUCUGCUUUGUGAUAACUUUCAUAUAA